GGAUUGCUGAUUUGGGCGCAACCUGUGUGCGUCAGGAUAUUAGUCCGUGUCGAAGGUUUAAAGAGUUUUGUUUACAAAAUGGAAGAAUUUAAAACCUGUAAUCUGGACUACUUUCCCGAAAACAUUUUAAUUGAUGUCUUGUCGUUUUUGAGCGUACGAGAGCUCGUCAGAGCUGGAAGAGUGUGUAAGAGGUGGAAACGCCUUGUUAAAGACCAGAGACUGUGGAGAGUUGUCGAUCUGACUGCAUGGAAAGGGGUGACAUCCCGCAUACUUUGGGUCCUGCUGCGUCAGUACCUGGGUUGUGGACUAAGGUGCCUACGGUUGCGUGGUUUGCUGCUCUCUGCCCGAGGCGGCACCUUUCUCUCUGAGUCUUGGCUCAAAGCUUUGUCUACAAAGUGCCCUCGCCUGACUAAGCUCUAUCUUCUGCAUGCAGACCUGAGAAGCCUGCCCAGUUGCCAGCUUCUGCCUCCAUCUUUGCAGGUGCUGGAGUUGCGUGGCUGUGAGCUGCCUCGUGGCUUUUUCAACCAGACACUGCCCACUUCACCUGACCAAGAAAGAGCAGAAGCCACAUCCAGUGCUCAACAGCAAGGGCAGGAUCAGAAAGGGAAACAGCGCAGCUCUCCAUCAGGGAUCACUAUUAAUACGUUAGUCCUUAACAAUGUGCCCUCUUUCACGGACCAGCACCUGCAGAGUCUGACAUCAUGGGAGAGGCUCAGUCGACUGGAGCUGCGCGACACCUUUCGCGUGACGGCUAACGGGCUCAGGAGCUGUGCUGCCAAGGAUGGCAUCUGUGGAGUGGAAGGGUUCCCCAGGCUCAAGUUUCUGGAAAUAGGCAUCACUGGGCGGCAGGGCUACCAGUUACAGAUGGCCUCCCUGGGGCUAGGGGCAGGAUGGCUCGGACUGGAAGAACUGAGCCUGGGCGGUAAAGAGGUGGGGCCAGGCCUGCUCUGUGCGAGCCGUCUGAAGGACCUGAAGCGUCUGUGUCUGUGGGCCUGCACACUCAGCGAAAUGCAAAUAGUCCGGAGCUGCAGGAUGCUCCGUGGACUCCGCCAGCUGGAGUUUUUGGACGUGACAUUCCAGCCUCGGCAGUGUCCACCAGUGGUGGAAGGGGAGGGUGGUGGUGAAGAGGAGCAGGACAACGAGGAAGCUGCAGGUGGAGAAAGCAACAAUGAUGAGAACAAGACACUGGAUGUUAAUGAUCCUAUUCCAAGUCUGCGUCGCUCGCUUGCUGUCCUGCUGCCAGCCUGCUCUCUAGUUUUCACCAACUGCUCUGUUCAGGUUUUAGAGACGUUUUCCCCCUGGAUAUUUUUGAAUCUGCCCACCUCAACAGAAUGGAGCUAUAUAUUGUGAUAUAAGAUUUUCUGUAGAUUAAAUGAGAAACUUGCUGUGGAUAAAAUAACCAGACACAAAUGCUGGCUAAUUCAGCAAAUUAAAAAAUUAAGGUAUGUUGUUACCUUGAUUAAAAGUUUACAGUGUCAGUGUUGUUACAAAGUUUCCUCAAGGUGGACAGUCUCACUUCCAGACUGAUUGCUUAUGUGAAAAAAACAAAACAACCCUGGCACACAUGAACAACAACACAUAGCAUUCUCUUUUAAAUUCAGUCACAACAUAACACAAAAUAUGGAACUGUCGCUGCUAGACUGUAAAGACAUAAGCAGGUGUCGUCUACAAAGGCAGAGAACUGAAACGUACUGCUGGCAAUGAUCCACCUGUUUCCUGUUCUUUAACUCCUUUUCAAAAAUGUAUACAUUCAGAAAUAUUUUCCGUUACAAGCAGGUGUUUGCUUUUGGUGUUACUGUUAUGUCACAG